AUGGAGACGACACCCCAGAAGCGCGACAACCACACGCCGUCAUGUGCGAUCUGCCAGAAGCGAAAGGUGAAAUGUGAUCGAGUCUACCCGUGUGCGGCGUGUACCAAGUCAGGCCUUGACUGCCACUUUCCGCCCCCCGGACGCCACGGCAAGAGACAACGACGCAACACCGCCCACCAACACGCAACGCAGGAACCCGUCUCGGGCCCUGGGAUAGGAGGUCUGCCAUCGGAUCCCCAUGCGGUCCGGCCCACGUCGACACUCUCGGGCGCCAUCAACAACAGCAACAAUGAGUUUCCCUCACCAGAGUCGACCCAUAGCGCGGGCACCAGCACCGCGCGCCUGGUCUCGGAUGGCUCGGGUUACCGCUAUGUAAACAACCAUCUCUGGACCGCCAUCUCUACCGAUGGCCAAGUCGGCAAUGGUAGCCCAGGGGCGGCAGCCAACUCUCCUCAGAAGUCCAACACACCAGGCUCACGGUCGGGGCAUGCCAUCUACGAAGACAUUGCCCGUGGGGACGAGCCAUCAGGGGGACGCAGCUUCAUCUUUGGAAAUGGCCACAGCCACUCGAACUCUCAGUCGCCAUCAGAUGCAACGCACUUCCAGGCGAGCCACAUCAUCUUCUUGUGGCAAACAUUCCUCGCCAACAUCGACCCGGUGAUGAAAAUAUCGCACGCUCCCACUGUCCAGCAGAUUCUGCUCGGACAGAUCGGCAGGCCUAACAUUCCUCGGAAUGAAAGAGCCCUGACGUCGGCCAUCUUCUUCAUCAGUACCAUCUCUCUGACAGACGAGCAAUGCGUGGAGUCGCUACAAGAUUCACGUGCUGCGCUUAUCCAGAGAUAUAGAGAGAUUACUGAGAUGUCCCUAUCGGAUGCUGGCUUCAUUACGACUACCGACACGAUGGUUCUUCAGGCCCUCAUUCUGUAUCUGGCUGCGCUUAGGAGUCUCGGCGAGAUCCAAACAGUCUGGAGUCUGUUCGGGUUAGCCAUUCGCAUCGCUGGCACAAUAGGCCUGCCUCGUGAUGGCACUUCAUUCAAUCUCUCUCCAUUCGAGACAGAGCUUCGUCGACGUCUUUGGUGGGGCAUUGUCUAUUUCGACGGUCGUAUGGCUGAACUGGUUGGCCAAGAUGGCGAUCUCAUGGGUAACGACUACGAAGCUGCACCUCCCUCCAACUUCAACGACUCCGACCUUUUCCCGAGCAUGGCCCGCCUCCCAGAAUCACGUAGAGGACCGACAGAGUCCAUCUACCUGCAAUCACGCAUCCUGAGUGUGACGGUCGCCCGUCGACUGCAGAGUCUCACUGGUCCACAGGGAACUUGGCACAGACUGCAGGAUGCUUCAAUGGCCACCAACGAGAAGCUUGAGAUCAUGCAAAGAAUCGAGCAAAGAUAUAAUGAAGAAAUCAUUGAGCCAUGUGAUCCAACUGUACCCCUGCAAUACAUGGCCAUCAACACGGCAAGAACUUUUGCCACUAAGCUUCGCUUAAUUGCUCGCAUACCGAUUGUAGAUCUGGACAGGGAAUGGGAGGAUGCGGAUGGAUUCUCAGAAAACGCUUUCUUGCUGAGCAUGGACCUCCUCCAGCUGCAGGUCGAUCUAUGGUGCGAACCGAUGGUUCAGCAGUGGAGAUGGCACUGGCAGGCCCACUUUCAGUGGUAUGCUCUGGUGACCUUGCUGCGGCAGACUCGCUUACGCCAAUCCGGCCAUGGGAUCUCGCGAGCAUGGACCUUGAUCCAAAAAGCAUUUCAGAUCAUCAUUCCUACGUUGGAGCUUGGUCCAAGGAAGAGCCUGCUACUGGACGGUAUUCAUUCCCUGCUAAAUGCAGCCAAGCGUCAGCAAGAUCAUCCUGGGAUUGUAGAGAACGAUCAGAAGCCGAACAUCCUUCAUCAAGACAACAGUACCAUCAUGUCACCACCAGGCUUCAAGCCUUUGAACGGUUUCAGCAGCGGCUAUGGCUCUCGCCCUCACACCGCUCUUUUACCUGGCAUGGAAACCAUGAGUCAAAUGCCAACCCCAACCUCAUUUGGACGGACCAGUGUCGAGGAUCCGAACGAUGCAGUGCUUAGUUUCGACUUGGAGGCGAUCGACUGGGUGGAAUUCGAUAGACUAGCGUCUGAGCUUUGCCAGCAGUGA